AUGUUAUGGGUUAAUGUACAGAGCAGUAGUGAUGAUGAUGAUGAUGAUGAUGAUGAUGAUGAUGAUGAUGAUGAUAAUGGUAAUGAUAACAGCAAUGAUAAUAACGAUGAAGAUGAUGACGAUGAUAAAACGCAAACUGAUGAUGCAAAUGAUGACCAUAGUUCGAUGAGUGAAAAUGAUAUUAAUGUUGAGAUGAAUGGUGAUAUGAUAACAGUAACAUCUAUGAAACGAAGACCAGAUUUAUUCAUGUCAUCGGAAGAAAACUCGGGAAUACUAAAAAUGCCAACAAUCAAUGUGAUACCAAAUACACCAGUGGACAGUUCUUCAAUUGGUGAAAAGGAUACAGAUAAUAGUUCCGCAACAACAUCUGGUGCUGAUGAAUUUUCUGAUAAGGAUGAAGAACUGAUUCGCAGAAGCUCAUCAUCCGAUGAUUUCGAAUUUCAGGAUACAGAUCAAUAUGAGAAAGAAUCACAUCCGAAAAAUAGUUUACAUUUAAAUAUGCUACAACAAUAUCGUGAUAAAUGUGAACAUUUAUGCAAAAUAACACCGGAACAAUUUGCAAUAACACAUAAUUUAUUGUUGGAAAAUGAUUGCCAAUAUGAUGAUAAUGGAGGUGUAUCGAGUAGAAAUGUAAUUUUACAUCAGAAGACACUCUCUGCUUCACUCUUCUCCGUUAAUUUAGGUAAAAUGAGAUCAAUGCGUUUAUUUUUUACCGCUGAUGAUUUAACAUCUGGGCAAUUUGUUAUUGCAACAUGGGAUUCACAUUACAAAAUUUUACAUUUUCAUCAUGGUGGAUUGGAUAAAUUAGCGCAAUUACUUGAACAAUGGAGUGCUAUUAAAACAAAAGCUGUUAAAGAUGGUUCACCUUCACCAAUUCCGGAUCGGCAAUUCUUAAUAUGCCAACCAAAAGUUAGUAAAAUGGAACUUGAUCCAGAAGAAGGUCUAUAUGAACGAGUCAGUUGGGAAUUUUGGAAAUCAUACAAAAAUCAAGAUGGUAGUAUUGAUGAUAGUUUCACCAUGAGGAAGGCUAUUUAUUUUGCCACUAUCGAUCCUACACUUCGUAGAGAAGUUUGGCCAUUUUUAUUGCGUGUAUAUCCAUGGGCAUCAACCCUUGAACAACGCGAAAUUAUACGUAAUGAUAUUUUCAUUGAGUAUCAGAAGAUAAAAAGCAACGGUACAAUUUUAAAUUUUUAA